CAAUGGAAGGAAGUGAAGUGAAGAACGCCAUGAACUUGCAUUGUUCAAGUGCAAUGACCACAUAGGGUUCUUUCAACAAAGUCGUUUAAAACUGGUUAAAACAACGUUUCAUAUCUGCUUGGCAUAAUUAACCCACAAGCAUCCGUAAUAAAACCGUUGUAUACUAUUUUUUCUACAUCAUUAUCAGUGUAAAAAAAGAAACCAAAUUUUCUGUACUUGAAAUUAAUUAAUCCAAUACAUGUAAAUGCCAUAUAUCCAGUGCAAACAAAGACAAUACAAAACUGGAAAAGGAACUAUUGUCGAAUGUCUGUUCAGUGUGUUGUAGAUCAGAGAAGACAUCAGUUCGUUUAAGCCUUUGGAUCGCGAAGGUCAAUGCAAGAUGAGUUCGGCAUUUCGUGUGCUUAUGCUAAUGGUUACGUUAGCAGGCAGCUUGCUAGCCAUCAAGUGUCCGUUGGAGAGUAACGGCCUGGAAGGGCCACGAAGAGUCAUUCUAGAUCUGGACGGAGGUGGAGAUGAUGCUUGGGCGCUGGUAAUGCUGCUAGCUAACGAAAAGCGGUACAACAUCUGUGUCCAGGCCGUCACCUGCUCGCAUGGAAAUGCUCGUGUAUUGGACGUACUAGUCAAUGUGUUACGCAUCCUUGAUAGUCUUGAUAGAUUGGAUAUUCCGGUGUAUGUUGGUGCCAGCGAGCCACUGAUUACACCUGGACCGAAUCGGAACGCAUCCCACUAUUUCUGGGGCGUCGAUGGAUUUGGAGACGUCGAGUUUGACUGGUUACCUACGGUGGAUUCGCUACAUCCGGUACACGCAGUUGAGGCAAUGCGCGAACUCUUUGAGAAGUAUCCCAACGAGAUUACUCUGCUAGCGGUGGGACCACUCACCAACUUGGCUCUACUGUACAAAAUGUUCCCCGAGACGAAGGACAAAAUAGGCGCACUGUACAUUCUUGGUGGAAAUCGACACGGUGUCGGCAAUACGGGUUUGGCAGCUGAAUUCAACUUCUUUCGCGAUCCCGAAGCAGCUCACAUCGUGCUAAACAACUCUCCAAUGAUCGUGCACGUCUUCCCAUGGGAAACGGUACUGUUGCAAACGUUUACCACCAGAUGGCGUUUUGAGACGUUUGAACAAACGACGAACCCGGCCAUUGAGGUGCUCAAUCGGGUGGAAUAUGAAGUGUAUGCGAAAGAAGAACUUUGGACACCUUGCGAUAUGUACGUGGCGGCGAUCUUCUUGAACAGUAGCAUUCUCCAAUCAGUGCAAAGCUAUCGGGCCGAAGUGGAACUAAGUGGAUCGUUAACUAGAGGCAUGAUGGCCAUUUUGUAUCAUGUGAAAAACGUUAAUCAGCACAACGUGGCCGUUAUAGACAAGAUUGAUUCACAGCAAGUGCAGCACAUGUUAGUUGCAUUAAACUAUGGCAAGUGAAGAAAAGUCACUUUGUGAGAACGUUGGCACAACAUGUCUGCAAACGAACGUAUCAUUGUGCGCACGGAACAGUACGAAGGGAAGAUGCAGCCAGUCGUGUCAUUUUUAUGUGUAAUGAAUAAAUAGCACCAAACGACUAAUUAAAUGAUUUACCAUCCGGAACGUACCGGGUUUGUAUGCGCUUGUGGUUUCUUUUGAAUUUAUUGUGGCUUGACGUGUUCACGUUCACAUUCUACUGGUAAGCAUUCGUUAGACUAUCGCAUUGAAAGCAUUUGCUAGGGUUUUGGAUUUUUUUGUUGUUGGUUUGUGCAACAUUUGUGUCGCAAUUUGUUUGAUUUCUUUUUUUUCCUGUACACGAGCUACUAGUAUCUAGCUCGGGGAAAAAAACGUUUCACUAACGCAUGCUUGUGUGAGCAGACCGAAGCGAACACGCGUUAACCACGUAAAUCCUUUCAUAUCAUCGAAGUAUGCUUGCUGGUGGCCGCGGCAAAAAGUGAAAAUUCAUUUUAUCCCUCAGAAAAGCGUUGAUUUACAACGGCGAGACCGCGAGAGCGCAGCAGUGCAUCAGGGUUUGGGGGACGAAGGGUGUUUCGUGUGUUGUUUGUGUUUAAUAUGCUUAUCUAAAUAUAAAAAUGUCAGAUAUGUAUUAUGAAAUUAUAAUAUCCGAAAAGAAUCAUCUUCCUCACGUUUCUGCCUACGGUGGAGGUAGCAAUGAAAAGAAUAACACUAACAAAAAAGAAACAAGGAAACUGAAUAAAAUCUGUUUCGCCGAACCUGGCG